GAAAAAUCGACCCUUUUGUCUUCUUUCUCAUUUUCCCAUUCUCUCUGUCUCUCUCCCUUCUCAAGAAGCUCUGCAAUAUCUCUUGGUAUUUCCCUGCAGGGAAAGAAAGGCUUUGUUUGGCUGGCUGGCUGUCUAAAAGGGCUGGCUAGCCAGAAAGGGCAACACAAUAAUAAAUAUUUCUUGAUUAUCUGGAGUCGGGAGGACGAGGUGCCCACAAAUUCUUCUGUUUUCCCGACACGACCACCCAGACUCAAGUGCGUGCAUUAAAGUUGUUAUCUUUAUAACUUGGGGUGAGUUGGGUGGAAACUCAUCCAUUCUUAAUCGAAGGUUAAAGGUAAGAAUCCACAUUGUUUCAGGAUAAGAAUAAGAGAAGAGCUGAGUGAAGAAGUUACAACAACUUUAUCUCAGCACAAAGAGUUAACAGGUCAGAAGAUACAAGUUUGGGGCAAAUAUGGCUGCUGAGGAGGACAUUCUUUUUUCAGCUGCCAUCAACCUUCUGUCAGCAUUUUCAUUUCUUUUGGCCUUCGCAGUUCUGCGAAUUCAACCAGUUAAUGAUAGAGUGUACUUCCCAAAAUGGUAUUUAAAGGGUAUACGAGCAAGCCCAAGAAAAUCUGGACCUGUGGUCCGGAAAUUUGUGAAUUUGGACCUUAGAACAUACAUAAGGUUCUUGAAUUGGAUGCCAGCGGCACUGCAUAUGCCACAACCUGAACUUAUAGAUCAUGCAGGCCUUGAUUCCGCUGUGUAUAUUCGAAUUUACCUACUUGGGCUGAAAAUAUUUGUACCCAUUGCACUUCUUGCUUUUGCCGUCUUAGUUCCUGUUAACUGGACUGGUGGAUCGCUGCAGCAUAUUAAGGACUUAACAUUCAAUGAAAUUGACAAAUUGUCAAUAUCAAAUAUUCCUUCCGGAUCACCUAAGUUAUGGGCACACAUAGCAAUGGCUUAUGUAAUCUCAUUUUGGACCUUGUAUGCUCUAUACCAAGAGUAUGAAAUUGUAUCUAGAUUGAGGCUGCAGUUUCUUGCUGCAGAAAAGCGUCGCCCUGAUCAGUUCACUGUUAGUGCUUUUAAGUUAUAUGGAUUUUGUGCUUAUUCGAAUCGUGUUCUAGCUAAUCACCAAUUUGGCUCUGUUAUAAAGGUUCUUGUGAGGAAUGUUCCCCCGGACAAUGAUGAAACAGUUAGCGAGCACGUUGAGCAUUUCUUCUGUGUAAACCAUCCCGAUCAUUACCUUCUGCACCAGGUUGUAUACAAUGCUAACAUGCUAGCAAGUCUGGUGGAGGAAAAGAAGAAUUUGCAGAAUUGGCUCACUUACUACCAGACAGUGCAUGAAAGAAAUCCUUCCAAAAAACCAAAAACAAAGACAGGUUUCUGGGGCCUCUGGGGGGAAACUGUGGAUGCUAUCGACUAUUACACAUCUGAAAUUAAAAAUUUGAGUGAAAAAGAAGCUGAAGAAAGAGAGAAGGUCUUAAGUGAUCCAAAUGCCAUAGUUCCAGCAGCUUUUGUAUCAUUUAAAACCAGAUGGGGAGCAGCUGUGUGUGCCCAAACCCAGCAAUCAAACAAUCCCACCAUUUGGCUAACAGAAUGGGCACCUGAACCGCGAGACGUCUUUUGGAACAGUCUUGCCAUACCAUAUGUUGAACUCAACAUCCGAAAACUACUAAUGGCUGUGGCUUUCUUCUUUCUCACCUUCUUUUUCAUGAUUCCCAUUGCAUUCGUUCAGUCCCUCGCCAGCAUUGAGGGCAUCGAAAAGGUUUUCCCUUUCUUGACGCCAGUGAUAGAGAAGGAAGCUGUUACGGCUUUUGUUCAGGGAUUUCUUCCUGGGAUGGUACUGAAGCUCUUUCUGGCCAAUGUUCCUAAAAUUCUUAUGGCCAUGAGCAAGGUAGAAGGCGUUACGUCACUUUCAGCUCUGGAGAGAAGCUCAGCUGCAAAAUACCAUUUGUUUUUACUUGUUAAUGUCUUCCUUGGAAGCAUCAUCGCAGGAGCUGCAUUUCAGCAACUCGACAAAUUUCUUAGUCAGCCACCAACUGAAAUUCCAAAGACUAUAGGCGUAGCCAUUCCAAUUAAAGCCACCUUCUUUAUUUCCUUCAUAAUGGUGGAUGGUUGGGCUGCCAUUGCUGCAGAGAUUCUGAGAUUAGCUCCACUCAUUGUGUUUCAUAUUAAGGAUGCAUUCUUGGUAAAGACAGAUAAGGACAGGCAAGAAGCUAUGGAUCCUGGUUCCAUAGCUUUUUCCAUAUCAGAACCUCGCAUACAGCUUUAUUUCUUACUGGGAUUAGUAUACGCGGUCAUCACACCUAUACUCCUCCCUUUCAUAAUCGUCUUCUUUGCUUUCGCCUACUUGGUCUUCCGCCAUCAGAUUAUCAACGUGUACGACCAAAAGUACGAGAGUGGGGCAGCAUUUUGGCCAGACAUUCAUCGUCGCAUAAUCAUUGGGCUGGUGAUAGCCCAGGUCCAGCUGAUGGGAUUGAUGAACACCAAGAAUGUAGCCCAUUCAGGCCCAGUCAUUCUUAUUCUCCCAGUUCUGACAAUCUGGUUCCACAACUUUUGCAAGGGGAGAUUCGAAUCGGCAUUUGUGAAGUUCCCAUUACAGGAAGCCAAGAUUAAGGAUACGUUGGAAAAGGCAACAGAACCAAACCUGAAUUUGAGAACAUAUUUGACUGAUGCUUAUGUGCACCCAGUUUUCAAGGGCAGGGAUCAGUUCGAGGCGACAGUUUCGAUCGAUGAAGAGGAGAAUGAUCCUCUGGUAGCCACCAAGAGAAUUCCCCGAAAGGAAACUGCUGCUCAAAAUCCUAAUCUUAACUUGUGAUAAUAGAUAAAUACAUCAUCAUGCACUUCACUCAACUUCAUCUCUUAUGUUAAGUACAUAUUAAUUCUUAUCAAUUAUAGCAACCCCUACUUCACCAUGCAUAUAUGAGAUUAAGAAAUAGGUCAACAAUUGGGAUAGUUUAGAUUUUUUCUUUUUUGGCUUAUUAGUUGGAAAAAAAAAAUUCAAAUGUAACAAUUAUAUUCAUACCUCUAAAAUUUGGUACUUUUAAUACUGAAUUUUUAUAUUAUGUAAAAAUAAUAUCUAAUCAUAUUAUUGUAGUCUACAAAA